GGCGAGACCCGCAGAGGCUGGGGAGGCUCCGGGCGGUGCUGGUCGCUGCUGAGCCGAUCGGCUGGAGAGUCCGGAGCCGGGUGUGCGGGGAGCCCGGGCCAGGACCCCCGCCCCAGCUCGGCGGCUGCUGCUGAAUCGGACCCAGUCACAGAGAGGAGCCGAUCCCAGCCCAGCGUCUCCAGCAGCGUGUGCAGCCCGAGUGCGCUGAGAGAGACGAUGGGGCCAGCAGCUGGACCUGCUGGGGGCGAAGAGCCGCUGCAGGAGUGGCCUGUUGAGGGCCAUGGACACCUGGAGACUGGAGGGGAGCCAGACCCUUGUCAUAACUGCAGGAAAUGUAACUACAAGAAAUGUACAGUUGUGCUCGCAGUCGCCCUCACAACCAUGUUCUUAGUUCUCAUCAUUGUCCUGGCAGUGUGGAGACCUAAGUGUCCAUCAGCUGAUCUGGGCCCCCCUGCUGGCCCCAUGUGCCCAGACAGCUGGAUCGGAUACCGAGGGAAAUGCUACUAUUUCUCUGAGGCCGAAAGGAACUGGACCUACAGCCUGACCUACUGCUCUGCGCUCAGCGCCUCCCUGGCUGAGAUCAACAGUGAGCAGGAAAUGGCUUUCCUGCUGCGCUAUAAAAGCAGAUUUGACCACUGGAUUGGCCUCCGGAGGGACCCUGGGCAGCUCUGGAAAUGGGCCAAUGGCACCAAAUUCAACAACCUGUUUCCGAUAGGAGAAGGAGGAGACUGCGCGUAUCUGAACGGUCUGAGUGCGGUCAGCAGCUUGCGAUGCACCAGUGAGAGACACUGGAUCUGCACCAAACCCGAUGCAUUUACACAGGCACAGGAGGCUGCCGUGGUAGGGGGCUCGUAAGGAGAGUAUUAUAGAAUCAAGCCCUGGAAAAGCCUGACUGUGAUUUCUUGUGACCAUCACAUCUGAGCAAUUCCGGAAUAUCGGGGAAUGCUCUGCGCAUCACUGGGCAGAGCACUGUGGGUUCAGGUGAAAACCAGAGAUGCUAUUUGCACAUCUUGUCCCCGCCUCCGUGCCGUCUCUUUUUCUGCCAGUGGAACGGCUCAAAUCCAGCCUUUCCUACCCCUCCUCAGCUGCACCAGGAACUCUGCCUAACUGAGCCAAGGCACCAGCCUCCGCUUUCACUGCCCUGACAUUCCCCCACAGAAGCUUUUUACUCUAGAAAAUUAUCUAUGGAAUCUUUUAAAAAUAUUCAUCAUUCCCAUUCUGUAGUCUGGAAUAGAGCUGAGGGGGGAUGUUCUACAUUCCCGCCCCGCCCCCC